AUGGGUGUUCAAAAACGAGCCGCCUCUGUCCCAGAUGUUAGUCGACUGUUGCAGGCACAGUUGCAUUAUUUGUGGCGCCAACAUUGCUCGACAAACAAAAGAUGGGAUCCACCGAUCGUCAUCCUAUUAACAUACCGCUUCUGUAUCGCAAGCGGUGGUGAGGAGAGAUCAGUGAAAAUAGACGAGACGUGUCAACCGUACAUCCCAUGUACGACGAAUGCGACUAUCACUAGGUGGGACAUUGGUGAGAACGAAUUCAGUGUUCUGUCAGUCCGCGUGAUAGAUUACUUCAUAGGAAUUGCUGUCUCGGUGUUGGUGCAAUUGAAGGAUCGCCUUCCGGUUGAUGGGACUACGAACUGUGUAUACAAAAUAAAAUGUAACGACUGUACGAAGAUUUAUAUAGGUCUGACAGGGAAUAGCACACCAGAAUCGGUGAGCAUAAGCGAUCCAUUAACGGACCACCCAGCAAGAUAG